UAAGACUUUGCCUCAUCACUACCAUUUCUCUUCUCUCUCUAUCUCUCUAUUUCGCCGUAGAAAUAUUGUCGGAACAGAACACUCAAAACAAAUUCAUUCUCUAUAAAUUCUUCAAUUUCUCUCUAUCUUUCUUCAAUUCUUCUUCAAUCCAAUCACUACUCCUACUUCCCCAAAUGGGUGCUUGUGCAACUAAGCCCAAGGCCGACGGUGCUCUCGCUCCGGCGCCGGAACCCGAGAAGAAGGAUGUUGAUGCUGCUGUUGCUGUUCUCGACGCUGUUGACCCUCAGAAAACAGUUGAAGUUAAGGCGGUGGAGGUUUCCGGAGAGGGGGACCAAAGCGAUAAAGGUAAGGAAGUUGUUGAUGUUGACGACGAUAAGGUGGAUGAUCAGAGUGUUAAACGCCGCUCACUAAGCAACUUAUUUAAGGAGAAAGAAGGGAGUGAAUCAAUUGACGGUGAGAAGCCAAUUGGGGAAACCGAGACAGAAAUACAAACAAAAGAAAUCGACAUUAAGGCACCUCAAACUGAAGUAGAAACCGAAAAGUGUAUUGAAGAGCCUGAGGCAAAAGUGCCUCAAACUGUAGUAGUAAAGGAAAAGCAUAUUGAAGAAGCGGACAUUAAGGUACCUCAAACCAUAGCAGAGACCGAAAAACAUACUGAAGAAUCUGAGACGAAGUUGCCUCAAACUGUAGUAGAAACUGAAAAACAAACCGAAGAAGUUGAGGUGGAGGUACCUAUAACUGUAGUAGAAACCAAAGAAACUGAGACCAAGGCGCCUCAUCCAGUCGUAGAGAUUGAAAAAUCUGAAAUUCCAAAUGAAAGGAUAAAGGUCACAGAUGUUACGACAACUUCCGAGACCAUCACUGUGGAGAAAGUAAUUGCACCUUCACCAUCUGAUGUUACACCAACGAGUGAAACAUCCGAGGAAAAGAGAUCAGAAGAAGUAAAAGUACCAGAGAAAGUCGAGAAAGCUGAAGUAGUGACAUUAGUUGAAGCAACACCAGCACCAGAUGAGAGUAUUACGUCUGAGAAGAAGAAAGAUGAUAGCAGUGAUGUGAAGAAGACUGAGACAGAGACACCGAAAGAAACCGAACCAAAGCCUGUUGCACCUACGGAAACCAGUGCCGAACCAGCAGAGGUAAAGAAUGAAGUAGUGAAGGUAAGUGCUGAGGAAAAAAUAUCAAGUUGAUGAAAAGUGAGACAUUAUUUGGGAUUGGAAAGUAUAGAAAGUGAAAAGGAGAUGGUUUUUUUCUUGGGUUUUUAUUAUUUGGGAAGAAAGUUAAGUUUACCCAAAGAAACAAUGGCUGGAAUCUGCCAUGAUCAAGGUUUAGAUUGUUAUUAUGUGGUUUAUAAAGCAACUUCUUGAGAGGCUUUGUUUCUAUUGUUUUAUUUGUAUAUCAUUUGUUGGUUUUUCAUUGAGUUGCACAUUCUAUUUCCUUGUCUUUGCAUGUAGAGACAUAUGAGUUUGCCAAAUUAAUAUGAACAUAGAAUGCCCUUUUUUAAAUUUAAAUGUGAUAUUUACAAUUC